AUGGUGAACAUUACGGAGAAGAUUAAGGAGAUUGAAGAUGAGAUGCGCAGGACGCAGAAGAACAAGGCCACAGAGUACCAUCUGGGUCUGUUGAAAGGUAAACUCGCCCGUCUGAGGGCUCAACUCCUGGAACCCACGGGGGGCUCCGGCGGCGGUGGCACGGGGUUCGAUGUCAGCAAGAGCGGCGAUGCGCGCGUCGCGCUCGUCGGCUUCCCCUCCGUCGGUAAAUCCACCUUCCUCAGCAAGAUCACCAAGACCAAGAGUGAGACCGCCGCGUACGCCUUCACCACGCUCACCGCAAUCCCCGGUGUCCUGGAGUACGGCGGCGCGGAAAUCCAGAUCCUGGAUCUGCCCGGUAUCAUCGAGGGGGCUGCGGAAGGAAAGGGUCGAGGACGGCAGGUCAUCUCCGCGGCUAAGACAAGCGACCUGGUCCUGAUGGUCCUGGAUGCCACGAAACGAGCGGAGCAACGAGCCCUGCUCGAGGCGGAAUUGGAUGCCGUGGGGAUUCGUCUCAACAAGGAACCUCCGAACAUCUACCUCAAACAGAAGAAGGCCGGCGGUGUGAAGAUCACCUUCCAAACGCCCCCAAAGUACCUCGACGAGAAGAUGAUCUUCAACGUUCUCCGUGACUACAAGAUGCUGAACUGCGAAGUCCUCGUGCGAGACGAAUACGCGACAAUCGACGACUUCAUCGACGUGAUUAUGAAAGACCACCGCAAAUACAUCAGAUGUCUCUACGUCUACAACAAAAUCGACGGCGUCAGCCUCGACUUCCUCGACCAACUCGCCCGCGAACCCUACACCGCCGUCAUGAGUUGUGAGCUCGAUCUCGGCGUCGAAGACGUCGUCGAGCGCAUCUGGAAGGAGCUCCGCUUGAUUCGCGUCUACACGAAGCGGAAAGGAGAGGAGCCUGAUUUCUCCGAGGCGCUGAUUGUGCGGCACAAUUCGACGAUCGAGGAUGUUUGUGAUAGCAUCCAUCGGACGCUGAAGGAGACGUUCAAGUAUGCGAUGGUGUGGGGUGCCAGCGCCAGACACAUCCCUCAGCGGGUGGGGUUGGGGCAUGUGGUGUCGGAUGAGGACGUGGUUUCGAUCGUGGCGAAAUAA